GGCUUCUGGGAAAAAAUGGCAGCUUCCUUUUGUUUGUGAGGAUUGGCUGCACUGGGAGCGGACAUUUAAAGGCGGUGUUCAGCGGAAACCCCGGUCUAUUUCACACACUGAGGGCUUUUCCUGCCUUUUAUUUACUUUCUAGAAGAUGGAGAAGAGCGGCAGCAUCGACAGUUUGGGCUCCAAACCCUCCUCAUCCCGACAACCAAGUGUUGAUUCAUUGUCCAGUACCUCCACCUCUCGCUCUGACCGCUCCGCCCAGGCCAAACCCCCAUCUGCACUGUCCUCCGACUCCGUGUCCACCUCUACAGAGUUCUCCCCGGAGCUCAGGGUAAAACCCAAAGCUGCUGCCAAGAAGGCGCACAGAGACUCUGAUAAAGAAGAACCACAGUUGCUUCCGAAUGAAACCGUGCAAGAUAUGGCGCAUGAUAUCACCUACUUCUGUCCUUUUACUGGAGCGCUGAGGGGAACCGUGAUGGUCACCAACUAUAGGCUGUUCUUUAAGUCCAUGGACAGGGAGCCGGGGUUUAUGUUGGACCUGCCUCUCGGAGUUGUAAGCCGUGUGGAAAAAAUCGGAAAUGCUUCGAGCCGUAAUGAUGUGUCCUAUGGAGUAGUUUGCAAGGAUAUGCGGAAUCUACGAUUUGCUCACAAACACUUGGAGGACACGUUGAAGAAAUCGGUUUUUGAGGUUCUGAUGAAGUUUGCGUUCCCCGUGUCCAACGGGCUGCAAAUCUUUGCCUUUGAAUACGGGCAAGUUUUCCCUGAAAAUGGAUGGAAAGUUUAUGAUCCCAUAUCGGAGUACAAAAGACAAGGUAUACCAAAUGAAAGCUGGAGGAUAACAAAAGUAAAUGAUCAGUUUGAGCUGUGUGAUACGUACCCGUCCACCCUGGUGGUUCCAGUCAACAUCCCAGAUGAGGAGCUGAAGAGAGUUGCAGCUUUUAGAGCAAAGGGCAGGAUCCCUGUGCUGUCAUGGAUCCAUCCAGAGAGCCAGGCCACGGUGACACGCUGCAGCCAGCCGAUGGUCGGGGUGAACGGGAAGCGCAGCAAAGAGGACGAGAAAUACCUGCAGACCAUCAUGGAUGCCAAUGCUCAGUCCCACAAACUCUUUAUCUUUGAUGCCAGACCCAGCGUCAACGCUGCUGCCAACAAGAUGAAAGGCGGUGGCUUUGAAAGCGAGGAUGCGUAUCAGAACGCUGAGCUUGUGUUCUUGGACAUCCACAAUAUUCACGUCAUGAGGGAGUCUCUCCGUAAACUGAAAGAUGUAGUUUACCCCAACAUUGAGGACUCCCACUGGCUGUCCAACCUGGAGUCAACCCACUGGCUGGAGCACAUUAAGUUGAUCCUGGCUGGAGCGCUGAGGAUCGCAGACAAGGUGGAGUCCGGGAAGACGUCUGUGGUGGUGCACUGCAGCGACGGCUGGGACAGGACCACCCAGCUCACCGCCCUGUCCAUGCUCAUGCUUGACGGCUACUACAGAACCAUCCGCGGAUUCGAGGUCUUGCUGGAGAAAGAGUGGCUGAGUUUUGGGCAUCGCUUCCAGCUGCGGAUCGGUCAUGGCGACAAAAACCACACAGACGCAGACCGCUCGCCUGUUUUCAUCCAGUUCAUCGACUGCGUGUGGCAGCUGACCCGACAGUUUCCUGCAGCAUUUGAAUUUAAUGAGUACUUCCUGGUAACCAUCCUGGAUCACCUGUACAGCUGCCUGUUUGGGACAUUUCUGUGUAACAGUGAACAGCAAAGGUUGAAGGAGGAGAUUCCCAAGAGGACAAUCUCUCUGUGGUCCUACAUCAACAGCCAGCUGGAAGAGUUCACCAACCCCAUGUAUGUGAACUAUUCCAACCAGGUACUGUUCCCUGUUGUCAGCUUACGCCACCUGGAGCUUUGGGUCGGCUACUACAUCCGCUGGAACCCUCGCAUGAAACCGCAGGAACCGAUUCACCAGCGCUACAAGGAGCUUCUAGCGAAGCGAGCCGAGCUUCAGAGGAGAGUGGACGAGUUGCAGCGGGAGGUGACAAACCGCUCCGUGUCAUCGUCCUCAGAGAGGGCGGGCUCGCCCACUCGCUCCAUCACUCCUGUGCAAACCAUGGUUUGACUCUAUUCUGACUGGAGGCACAGCCCUGCCUGGGGGGUUCGGAUCGGUGUCACAACUGGAAGCAAGUAGGACCUGGGUGUCCUCUUUAGGGGUUUGAUGCACUACCACUGAAUGUUCAAACAGGCGGGCUUCUGACAUCAUUGGACUGGAGCCAUAUGUAAUAAACUCGUCCUCUGACGUAGGUGGAUAUGUGAAUGAAACGAGGAAGGACUCGGAUGCCUGUUGACACACCUACAAUUUAACUACACUAAUCAUUAACGAGUUAAAUUUGUAUGCCUUAUAUGCUUCAUAGGAACACACUUCUCUUUAUAUCUUGAAACACAGCAGCUGACCGUUUGGGAACAUUAUGGGUGCUGCAAAAAAAGGUAGAUGGGGCAAAAAGCAAAGCAGUGGUUUUGUAGUUUUAUUUCCAAGCUGUAGCUCAAGAGAGAUGAUACUACACUGCAAAAACUCAUUUCUAAAUAAAUAAGGGUCUUAAAGUGUAUUAACCUUUAUUUGAGCAGGUAAUUAAGAUGAUCAACCAGUGGAAGGAGUAUUUUUGCCCUUAAAAUUCAAUGAUUAGAUUUUAUGUAUUUGAAAUAGAUUUUUUUUUUUUUUUAAACCUAAAACAAUCUAUUUCAUUGUUUUUCUUACUUGCCUGAUCAGAGGGAUCAAGGGAAAAUCCACUUAUUCCAAGGGAAAUUCUCUUAUUUAUAAUUUAGUUGUUGCAGUGUGACAUUCUGAACAUUUUUAAAAAGGUUCAUCUACAUUAAUUGAUUAUUUUUACUGGAAAAAUGUCUGUCUAACCAAGUCCAACUGUCUUAGGUCGAGCCAAAAAUCUUUUUCGCCUUUCUUUUUUUAUAUAUAUAUUUCCAAUAAAAAAAGCGGACUCUGUUAGAUUAUUGAUCUUAUUUUGA